AUGUAUUAUCCUUAAGGCAUACCUUAAUAUUUUCCUCGUUCAGUGUACCAACCUUAACACCUGCCAUACCGACCUUAAUACUACCCUUAUGUGCCACAAUACUUUCCACAAUAGUCAAUAUAUGCCUCCUAUAAUGGAUUUCAAAUUCCCAGAACUAAUGUUCCACCUGUUCACCCUAUGGCUAGUCAAGCAAUUCAAUCUCCAAAUAAGAAUUUUCAGAGUCCAACCAGAGGAUUUGCCUCACCAACAAAAAAUCAUCUCAUGCAAUCUUAAUAAUAACAGCCAUAAAAUAAAACAACUUAAUAAUAACAACUGUAAUCACCUACAAGAUCUGGGUAUUUAACUUACGAAUAAGUGAUGGACAGAAUUCAAAAAGCCAACACUUAAUCGUAAUCAUUUUAGCCGUCGCAAUAAUCGGCCCAUUAGCCUUAAACUUAAUAGAAAUCGCAAAAUGGUCAAAUUCCUAAAUCAUAAUAAUAACAACCUAAUUAACAUUAAAUUCACUUGUAAUAGCCAAAUCAACAGUAGACAUAACAAAACAAAACCCCAAACAAAUAAAUAUCUGAAAAAAUAGAAGAUUAACAAAGGCAACCAACACCACCAAAAGAUGCAGAAUUUGAGGCUGGAGAUGGAGAACUAGAAGAGUUGGCUUUAUAAUAUGAAGACGGUUAUAUUUAUAGAGGACAAGGUUUUCCUCCAUAAACCAGAAGUGGAUUCGGAAUUUUAACAGAUAGCGAAGGUCAAGAAGUAUAUGCUGGAUAUUGGAAAGACAAUUUUUAUGAGGGUGAUGGAAAAUUACGCAAUUUGUAGGUUGAAUAAAUAAAUGGACCUUAUGAUUACACAAAUAUGACAAGUAUUGGAAAUGGCUGGGAAUUUUAUGAAGGUAAGUUUGAGGGUGGUAAAAUGCAUGGUGAAGGCACUUUAGUGUUAUCAAAUUAAGAAAAAUACAUUGGUUAAUUUGAUGAUGGAAUGAUACAUGGGGAAGGUGAAUUUAUAACUAAUAAUGAUAAUGCAGUGAAAGCACAAUGGAAUUAAGGAAUUUUAGAAUAGUAUAUUGAAUGA